ACGAUGAUGAUGAUGAUGAAGAGAUAGAUGAGGAUCAAGAAAUAAAGGAUAAAACUCUCCCCAAGUGGCAUAUUUGGUUGGAUAUUGAAUAUUCUCGUGAAGCAAGGCAUUGGUUACCUUGGAGGCCAGACAAAACAAAAAAGGAAACUGAAGAAGAUUGUGAAGAUCCAGAAAGACAGGUAUUAUUUGAUGAUCUUGGACCAUCUUUAAUCCAGCUUUCUAAUCCUGAUCUGCAGCAUCAACUCCUGUACUCGUUUUUGCAAUUCCUUGGAGUUCCAUGUACAAGUAAACUCUUUCCUUCCAACCUCUAUAUUGCCAUGGAUGAAAAUAACAUCUUUGACAGUGUGCUUUCUGAUGAAAAGCCACUGACUUCUGUUGAUUUUCCACUUUCUGGAUUCAACAGUAUUGGUCAUAUGGACACAAUGCCACGAGGGAGACAUCACAUAGGCCACUAUAAAGAAGGAGAGGAGUUCAUCCAGAAUGUUUUUCAUGUUCUAUUCCUGCUAUUUUCAGGAAAGGAAAAAUCUGACCUGUCCAUUUGUUGGUUACAGUAUGAAAUAUCUAAGGUAGUUCAGUGUCUUCAAGCAAAAAACAAGAGGAAGCUGAAAGCACAAGGGAGGAAGAGUAAAAAGUUGGCCAAGAAUCUCCUUAAAGCACCUGACAACCGAAACCACCUUUCUCUCUGGAAACUGUAUGCCUACCUAGAAUGGCUGCUUGGUAACACUGAUGAUGCCAGGAAGGUAUUUGACACGGCUCUUUGCACGGCAGGGACAGGCGGGCUGAAGAGUCCCCGGCUCUGCAGCCUCAGUCUGCUUUACGCUCAGCUGGAAGUGGAACUGCUCGAAAGUGUGGAAGGAGCUGUUAUGUCACGCGCUGUUCACGUGCUGACCAAAUUGGCUGAAAGUGGACCGUAUGCACCCUACAGUGGACAAGUGUUACCUGUGAAUGUCUUGAAAGCUCGUAAAACGUAUGAGCAUGCACUGCAAGAUUAUUUAAGUAAACCACCAGUUUCUGAUCAGGAACAGGCCAGUGAUGCUAAUCAGCUGGUUAACUUGGUUGGAUGUUAUGCACUGUUCCAGUAUUUGACUGUUGGGAUUGAUGCUGCAGUACUAAUAUAUGCACAGACUUCAGAAAAACUUGAAGCUUCUGGUCCGCAGAAAUGUGAAAAUGCUGGAGAGAAUUUUGGCAUUCAAAAUUUUCCCACUGCUCUUGAAGCUGUCACACUGCUGCAUACAAAUUUACUCAGAUUCCAUAUGAAAAUUAGUGUUUAUCCUUUGAAUCCUCUGCGAGAGGCACUAACGGAGGCUCUGAAACGGUAUCCUAGCAACCAGUCUCUUUGGAGGUCGUACAUCCACAUCCAAAGGAAGUCUCACAGUGCUAGCAAAGCACGGAGAUUUUUUGAUGGUGUCACAAGGUCUGCUAACUCUUUAGAGCCAUGGCUGUUUGCAAUCCAAGCAGAGCAGAUGAGAAAAAAACUCAUUGAGACUGUUCAGAGGGCAGAUGUUGGUGAAAUACAUUCUACUAUUCCUGAAACUGGGUUAACAAAUCGGAUAAUAGCUCUGUUUGAACACGCAGUUCAAAGUGAAAAUGGUGCCCAUUGCCCACUGCUGUGGAGAAUGUAUUUGAACUUUCUGGCUUCACUAGGGAAAAAAGAAAAAAGUAAAGGAUUGUUUUAUAAAGCCCUUCAAAACUGUCCUUGGGCAAAGGUUCUCUACAUGGAUGCAGUAGAGUACUUCCCUGAUCAUCUGCAAGAGACGCUUGAUCUGAUGACUGAAAAAGAAUUGAGAGUGCGGGUACCUAUGGAAGAGCUGGAUCUACUAUUAGAGGUUUAA